AUGCCUCCUGACAUCCUGGAUCCCACGCCCGCAGAGUCGUUGCUUGCCUUGGCCGGGCCGGUGGCCAGAUGGGGGGCCGUUCUGCUCGCAUUCUUCCUGGCCGCCCGGUUCGCGAUCGACCUGAUUGACUACCUGCGCGUGCGCAAGGGCCUCUCGGGCGUCCCCACCGCGCCCGGCUGCGACAUCUUCACCGGCCACGCGCUCUCCCUGCUCAUGGCCAACACGCCCUGGGAGCGGAUGCUAGACUGGCUGAUUGACCUGGAGCCCAUCGUCCGAUGGAGGCUCUUCCUGCGCAACUGCCUGAUGGUGCGCCACCCGGAAAUCCUGCGCAGAAUCUUCCAGACCAAUUUCAGGGCGUACGAAAAAGAUUUGGCGAGCUACGAGCCGUUCUUGGCCAUCCUGGGCACGGGGCUGGUGACGUCCAACGGACGGCUGUGGCAGCACCAGCGGCAACUGAUGCUGCCGGCCCUGCGGGUGGAGAUCCUGGACUACAUCGUGGGCAAGGCCAAGGAGGUGGUGGACCUGCUGUCCGCCAAGCUGGAGGGCCUCAGGGGCACGGGGCGGGCGAUUGACAUGGAGGAGGAGUUCAGGCGGAUCACGCUGCAGGUCAUAGGCGCGGCGUGCCUGGACCUGCCGCCGGAGGAGUGUGACAGG